ACGCUGCUACUUGAGCCGCGGAGGCGAUGCAGCCCAACACUGAAACAUGAAAGCUUUUAAAUUUGAGCUGUCUCGGCUCCCGUAUCCGGGCGUACAGCAGAGACUUCCGGAGUGAUGGCCUAUUCAUGGAUUCUUUCUAUGCAAUGCUGGGCACCGCGAUCCUCCUUUCCCUUCUCCUGCUUCUCUUCACCGCGCGGUUCUUCCAAACGAAGCAAGCCCAUGCUCCGCGAAACGCUGCGGUCAGCCUCCUGGUCGUGGCCGGUUCUGGAGGACACACUACAGAAAUCUUGAGAUUACUUAGUAGUUUGUCCCAGGCAUAUUCGCCUAGACAUUAUGUUUUGGCUGACUCAGAUAAAAUGAGUGAAGAAAAAAUCAAUUCUUUUGAACAAAAAAGAGCAAAAAUAUACCCCAAUUCCUUGUUCACUUUUCAUCGUAUUCCUAGAAGUCGGGAGGUCCGUCAGUCAUGGAGCACUUCCGUACUAACAACUCUGCGUUCCAUGUUUUGUUCUCUUCCUUUGGCCUUCAGACUGCAGCCAGAUUUGGUUCUGUGCAAUGGCCCAGGAACAUGUGUUCCCAUCUGUGUAGCUGCCCUCCUACUCAAGAUGCUAGGACUAAAAAGAGUAACCAUUGUGUAUGUCGAAAGCAUCUGCCGUGUGGAAAACUUAUCCCUGACCGGAAAGAUUCUUUACCACCUUUCAGAUCAUUUCAUUGUUCAGUGGCCUGCUCUGAAAGAAAAAUAUCCCAAGUCUCUCUAUCUUGGGCGAAUUGUGUGACAACAAAGGACCAGCUCAGCUGAUAUCAGUAUUGUCUUCAAAUCUUUAGUUCUUUGAAUUUCUUUCCGGGAGUUCCUGGUUCACAAGUGUAUGCAGCUCAAAGAAGACUAGGCACUGGAUUCCUAAAUAAAGUGGAAUAAAGAAGAAUGUAUGUGUAUGUGCAGCCUAGGACCUCAUAGCGAGCACUCUUGUAAUUAUGCCUCAUUGUCAGUAACCAUCAGGUUACCUCUGCCUUACCUCUGUUCUGAUGUUGCUGAAUCUUUCCUCUUAAUACCCUUUUACUUGUACAAUGGGGAAAUAUGGCAAGCAAAAAGGAAUAUUGAGGCGUGUGAAAUGGCAUGGUGGAGAGGGCUGUUGUAUAUGUGGCCCCUCCAGCAUGCAUGACAUUUUACAGAGCAGCAGCAUCAUAAGAAGGCCUCAAGAAGCUUACAUGGGACAUCUGCAUUUCUUUCAUUUAAAUUUUAUUUCCCCACCCCAAACUCAGUUUAAAGUACAAGGAUGGAAAUGAUGCUAAAGUUUUGAUGUGGAUAUAUCCCUAGGGUUUUUAAAUGUUUUAAGUCACUUUGCAUGUACUUGUAUGGAAAUGUAGGGUUAAAAUAAUAAAUCUCAAUAAUGAUGAA